AUGAUUGACACGUGGGGCAGGGUUCGUGGCGAUGCUGCGCAGUUGACCGGCAUGUUGCAAGUCACGGCUGAUGUCUCCGAGGCGGCCUUCAUAUUACCACCGGCUUGGCCCGACAUAUACACCUGGCGAAGCACGGAUUCACAGUGGAGCCCUGCCGAUGAGUGCAGUGAAGUUAUUGCGGCGCAGACGAGCUUUUUGGAACCGGGGCAGUUUCGGUCUGCUGCGACACAGAGCCGGGUGACCCGAACUUGGCCGACAGUGCGAAGAUUUUCCGAAUCGGAAUCGCAAACAGAGGAGCUGUCGGACGCGGCCAAGGCCAACAUAGAGAAACUGCAAGCAGAGAUUGAAGAGCUCAGUGGUGUCAAGGAAGAGAAGCAAGCUGCACAUUCUCGCCUCAAGCUCGAAAUCGACAAUUUUCGACAACGCACGUCAUCAGAGCUUGCGGCCGCCCGUGGUAAAGCUGCUGUCCCAUUGGUGCAAGAGCUCCUCCCUAUUGCUGAUGAAUUUGAAUAUGCCAAACAAAACUUGAAGAUCGAAACCGACGGCCAGAAAGCAGUAGUAGAGAAGUUUGAAGCGCUCUUUGACAAGAUGUUGGAAAGUUGGAAAUCCCUCGGCAUUGAGAAGAUGUCCAGUGUGGGCGAGCCCUUCAACCCAGAGCUACACGAAGCAGUUUCCAUGAUUCCCUCGGAGGAGUACAAAGAGGAAGUGGUGUGCAAUGAGCUUCGCCCGGGAUGGAUUCUGAAAACCCCAGGUUCGGAUGAGCAGCAGGUGCUGAGAGCUGCCUUGGUGACUGUCAGUGCAGGAAAGCUGUCUUCAUCGGCGACCGUUGCGUUGGAGCCGGUGCUGCUCCCCGCGGGUGGGCAAAGCCCGUCAUCAGGGCCAGCCGAGGGCUCCCAGGCCAGUUCUGGCGGCAGUGCCAAGGCGGAUCCGAGCGUUUCGUGCUUUGAGAGCCCAUGGAUCAGAUCAAUGAAGGCGUUGCUGGCGCUGUUUCCGGCGCUUGCAGCAGCAGCACUACGUUCGAAGGUUGCGCGUGAAGUGUCCGUCCCUUCUGUUCAGAGUAUGGAAGCAGCAAUUGCCCAGUUGAUCCAGCACAAGAAGGAGCCGGUCAGUCAGGAGCUGGUGAACGAAAUCAAGACACUCUUGGCAGACACAGUGAUGCCCCACCUGCACCAGCAGCGGCAACACAUUCAGGCACAGCUUGAUGCGGCUUCUCAGCACUUCGCGGAGUGCAAGGCUGCAACACCAGAAAGGGAAAGGACUGCUCCGCUCCGUGCCGAGCACGAGGGCUGCCGAUUUGCGGAGUCAGCGGCGGUGGACCAACAUGCAACCUGCAUCUCCGAACUGGAGUCUCUCGAAGCAGCGAAAGAUGAACACUGCCGUGCUUUCGAUGAAUUGAAUCAAAUUCCGGAGGCAUCCUGCGGAGUGCGGAGCGGAGAGAAUGCCACAGCAUGGUAUGUUCGGACCCUGGCUGAGCUCCACUGGGCACAAGAACGUCUCGUGCAGGCUGAAGCCACUUGCAACGCAGCACGACUCACGCACACAGCGAAGGUGGGCACCUGUACCGACGCGCAGAAGGUUCUGGCCGCUCUCAGGGCAAACUGCGAUGCAAAGCAGCUGGCGCUGGACCAAGCAGGCUGCGACUUGUACGACUCGGCGCUGGCAAAUUGCAGUGCAGAGGAGGCAUGCUACCAGCAGCGGCGCAGCAGCCACGAAGCGCUACUGGCUAAUGCACGCGACCAGGAGAAGACCCUCAAGGUCGAGCUUGAGGCAUUGCUGCGUAUACAGUGUCUACUCGAGACCUUCAGCCAUCGCCACCUCGAAGGAGCAAUCGACGAGUGCAAGGGCAAGAAGCAUGACACCGAGAAUAUAUCCCUGGUGUAUCACAACAUCUCAAUCACUUCGAACUGCAGCGUUCCUGGAGACUUGAAACCAGGCACAGUGACUUAUGAACGACGCCUUUUUGCGGCUUUGCCUGGCGUCGUGCCGAGCCGCUGUGGCGCCACAUGCUGCGUGUCACAGCAGCUGCUUCCUGCGGCGCCUGUGUACCAGGCAGUGCGCCAGUGCUACAGCUUCCGAGCGGCCUAUUCACCUCCUCUGAUUCCGGGAGAAGACCGGACAGUUGAGGAUACUGCGCAGGACUGCCAGAAAAGGUGCAAGCGGACGGCGGGAUGUGGUGGCUUCAGCUACACUUGGGAUGGAGGCUGUUUUGUCGCCCAUCGAUCUGCCACGAAGAUCUUUCAGCCGGGAGUCGUUGCUGGCCCCAUGGACUGCCUUGGCAUCCCGAACGAAUGCUACGGGUAUAACAGGAAGUUCACACCAGAGCUGGACGGUCAUGCUGGCGGUGCCGUCAAGGUGGCCUCCGAGGAGGAAUGCCAGAAACGUUGCUUUGAAACCGUGGGUUGUGGGCACUGGAUCCUCUGGUGGGAUAUGCGCUGCCACCUCGCAGGCUGUGGCGGUCAGGGUUACGGUCACAACGAAGAAGAGUGGCUCAGGGCGAUUGAUUCACAGGACAGUGAUCUGAAGGAGCUGGAGGGUCACAAUGGUGUUUGGCUGACUGCCGGCAUCAUUGUGGCCGAUGUCGUUGGUGCGGGUAUUUUGGCCAUGCCCCUGGCUAUGGCCAAGCUGGGGCUGGUGCCUGGAACGAUCACUCUAGUGGUGUUGCUUCUCGCGAACGUGCACAUCUCCAUCCUGAUGUGGCGGGUCAGGAUGUACUGCCCGACCUGCAUCGGCUCCGUGACUUUCACUGAGUUGGUGCGGGACUGCUUCGCAGAAGCUCCCGCCUGGCAGCGACACCUGAUGGUAAUCCUCACUGCAAUUUGCCAGAAAAGCUUCCUCUUUGGCCUCCUUGCAGUCUAUUUGAUGAGUGGGGCCAAGGGCCUUGGCAUGAUUCUACACUUCACCCAUCUCUGCUUGCCAGUGUGGGCUGUGCUGGCAGCUCUGCUGCUACUUCCGUUUGCGGGAACUGCUCGACACAUGGGCUCAUGGCAGUCACUAGUUUGGGUGAAUGUCAUCACGCUUUGCGGCACUGUGAUGAUCCCACUGGGAUACUAUGGCAUCGUUGGCGUGAGCGGCAUUCGCCUUCCAGGAAGCGAAGUCGAAUUCUUCGUCGACCCAAAGUUUGAGGACAUCUUGAGCGCUUUGUCAACUUUUACCUUCGGGAUGACCUCACAGUUCAUGCUGAUGGAGAUCAUAUCUGAGAUGAAAGUUCCCAUGCAGUUGCCCAAGGCCUAUGCAGGCAUCUCCGCCCCCUUCCAACUGUCCAUGUUUGCCAUCGCCGGGAUCGGUGGCUACAUGUUCAUGGGCAGCAAGUGCAUUGAUCUCAGGAAUGAGAACUUGCCCUUCGGGUUGCCGUUUCAAAUCGCAGCGGGAUGCAUGGCAGCCCACAUGCUGAUCUCCUACCUGAUCAAAGGUGUGGUCUUCUGCAAAUCCAUCCAUCGGCUUGUGGAUCGAGAUUUCGCAUCGGCCAGCGACAGCAGAACACGCUCUUGGAUUGGUUGGACGCAUCCUGGCAUAAGACUUGCUUCAUCCUUGAAACAAGUGAAGUUGAAUGACUCUGCAGACUUUGGAUACUUGUGGAACUUGAAGCUCCAGCAUGUGAUCGUCCUUGCAAUGCUCGCGCUUGUUAAGACGACGGUAGUGGCGGUGCUUUGCAUCUGCUGGCUUUUGGCGAACCUCGUGCCCUUCUUCUCUGAUGCCGUGGACCUGCUGGGUGCCUCUGUGACACCGAUCUCCUGCUGGCUGAUACCGACAGCUCUCUACAUCAGGUUCUAUUGGGAUUAUCCGCACUUGCGUUCCUCAGGUCACCCCUGGUUGACCAUCGUGGAGUGGAUUGUCAUAGGUGCCGAGAUCACCAUGGCUCUGAUUCUGACUGUCUUUGGGACAGCAGCCGCCGUGGACAAAAUCGUGCAGGAUUGGCACACCUUCGGCAUGCCCUUCAGCUGCCACUGCCAAGGUCUCUGGAGCACUUGUGCUUGCUCAGCAGAUCAUGUGGGGAUGACAGAUGUUUGCAGCGCGUGA